AUGUCCUCAGGACAGGAUCGCGGCCGACCGCUUGGAUCUGGUGCUGGAGCCAAGCGUAAAGCUGAAGAGGAUUAUUCCGACAACACGCACACCAAGAAGUCUCGUCAGCGCAUCGAUAAGAUGACUGAGAAGCAGAAGGCACUUGAUCGCUCGAAGAAGUCGAUCAACCAGCAGAAAUCCCGCAAGCUUAAAGCCUUGAGGGCUAAAAGCUCCUACAUCAGUGCGUCUGCUGAUGAGCGCGCGGCCCUUGAGGCUAGGGAAAUCCAGCAAGUUGAUGCACGAUACUUCCUCAAAGGCAACCAUCCAGACCAGCUGCUAGCUCAGAUGACUGGCCCAGUCUCGUCUAGCUCCUAUAAUAUCGUCGAUGACGAUGAAGACGAGGCUUGGGAGGAUAUCCCUUUGAAUGAGAUUGAUGAGGCUACCCAGGAAAACCUGGAUGGAGUUGAGGGCAUGCUCAACUUUGACGUUGACCUUGAUAACCAGUUGCCGACCAUUAAUGUUGCUGAGCAGUCGAAUGCGAUUAUCGACAAGAUGAUCCAGGAAAACCAGAUCCGAGAAUACCAGUUCUUCCGUGAUACCUGGGAGAUGACUCUUGAGAUACUUUACAUCAAGGUCAAGCGGCUGAACAGCAAUCCUGCCUUUACCCUAGCUGCGAUGGAGGAUUAUGGCUUCAUUCGACCUGGCUUUAAAUUUCCAGUAGCUGGCGACAUCUUCACCAAAGAGGAAGUGCUUCUUUGGUUUGCACUCGCUAAGUACUGGCACCUGAACCGCUUGUCUAAGAAGAAGAAGACGUAA